UUUUCGAGCUGUGCGGCAGAUCUUCCGAUGCAUUGUAACAUCUUAUAAGAGCAUAAACUCUUUUUCACAAUGCUACAGCAUCUGUAAUGGCGCGUUGACCUUCGAAUGUGGGACUAAACAAUCGCCAGGAACCUAAAAACAGAGAUGUAGUCUGUACUGUGGUCUGUUGGCAGGCUCUGACGUCUCAUUAUGCUGCUCUAUCUGCUGCUGGCCUUACAAACUAAGGUCAAUGCCCAGACAGACCCAGCUCAAUGUCGAUAUCCUCUUGGUAUGGAGGAUGGGAGGAUCCAAAACGAUGACAUCACUGCCUCCAGCCAGUGGUAUGAAACCACUGGACCUCAAUAUGCAAGGUUGAACAGAGAGGAGGGAGAUGGUGCCUGGUGUCCUGCUGGUCAACUGCAGCCCUCAGAUGUUCAGUAUCUUCAACUCGACCUUCGUCAGCUCAUCUUCCUCACCGUGGUUGCUACGCAAGGUCGUUACGCACGGAAUUCCGGCAACGAGUAUGCACGCAAGUACCGCCUGGAGUACAGUCGUGACGGGCACCGCUGGAUACCCUGGAGAAAUCGUUUUGGCAGUGAGAUUAUAAUGGGAAAUGUAAACACGUACGACUCUGUGGUACGAGAUCUUCAUCCUCCCAUCAUCACUCGUUUCCUGCGUCUGAUCCCUGUCACUGAUGCUGUACACACGGUGUGUAUGAGAGUGGAGCUGUUCGGAUGUCUCUGGCAGGAUGGCCUGACAGCCUACAGCUCUCCGGAGGGUCAAACCAUGAUGGCUCCGGGAUAUCCCAAUAUGCCACUUAACGACUCCACGUACGACGGUGCCCUAAAACGCAGGAAGCUGUCCGGAGGGCUGGGUCAGCUGACGGAUGGCGUGAUUGGUCAGGAUGAUUUCAUACAGUGGAGGCAAUACAGACUGUGGCCCGGAAAUGACUAUGUGGGUUGGAGGAACGACAGUUUGGGACCUGGAUACGUGGAGAUGGAGUUUGAGUUCGACAGACAAAGAAACUUCACCUCAAUGAAGGUUCACAGUAAUAACAUGUUCUCUCGGGGUGUGAAGAUCUUUGCGUCCGUAUCCUGCGUGUUUAAAGUGCACCUCAUCUCUGAGUGGGAACCAGAGGCGGUGGAGUUUCACACCGUCGUGGACGACCGGAACCCGAGCGCUCGUUACGUGACGGUUCCAUUGAAGCACAGAUCAGCCACGGCUCUACGCUGCCGGUUCUACUUUGCUGACACUUGGAUGUUGUUCAGCGAGAUCUCGUUCCAGUCUGCCACCAAUGUGCUUCCUACCCAGAAGCCCCCAGUGUUUACCCCGCCCUCGUAUGAAGUUAACAGCAAACUAGAAAGUACUACACAAAAAAUAGACAUCAAGACGACACCAAAGACAGGCUCCCCUGAAGAGGGCAGUACAUCGAUUCUGAUUGGCUGUCUGGUGACUAUUAUUCUUUUAUUGGUGGUCAUCAUCAUCUUGAUUUUGUGGUGCCAAUACGUGUGUAAAGUCCUGGAGAAGGCUCCGAGACGUAUUUUGGAGGAGGAGGUAACAGUGCGUCUGUCUUCUAGCAGCGACACUAUAAUGCUGCAGACCCCUCCGGUUCCCCCCCGCGUGUCACUCGACCCUCCCUAUGAGAGGAUCUUCCUGCUGGAUCCCCAGUAUCAGGACCCCGCUGCGCUCAGAAACAAACUCCCAGAGCUGUCCCAAAGCGCAGAGUCUUCUGCCUGCGGUGGAGGGUACGCCGAGCCCGAUGUUACCCUGUGCACCCCCCAUCAGAGUUUUCAGAGCAGUGUGCCCCAUUACGCUGAAACAGACAUCAUAAGCCUUCAGGGGGUCACCGGGAGCAAUAUGUACGCCGUUCCGGCGCUCACUGUCGACUCCCUCACGCGGAAGGACAUUUCUGUGGCCGAGUUCCCUCGAGAGCGCCUGCUGUUUAGAGAGAAACUGGGAGAAGGCCAGUUCGGGGAGGUGCACUUGUGUGAGGCCGAGGGUUUGGCAGAAUUUUUGGGAGAAGGCGCCCCGUUACCCGAGCAGGAUGGCAGGCCGGCGCUGGUAGCAGUUAAACAGCUUAGAUCGGACGCCACCAGCAAUGCCAGGAAUGACUUCCUGAAGGAGAUCAAGAUCAUGUCACGUCUGAACAACCCCAACAUCAUUCAGCUGCUGUGCGUGUGCGUGAGUUCGGAUCCGCUGUGCAUGGUAACGGAGUACAUGGAGAACGGAGAUCUCAACAUGUUCCUGUCGCAGAGAGAGAUCGAGAGCACACUUACACAUGCCAACAACAUUCCGUCUGUCAGCAUAGCAGAUCUGUUGCACAUGUCGGUACAGAUCUCAUCUGGCAUGAAGUAUUUGGCUUCUCUGAACUUUGUGCAUCGUGAUCUUGCCACACGGAACUGUCUCCUGGACCGCCACCUCACCAUAAAGAUCUCUGACUUUGGCAUGAGCAGAAACCUGUACAGUAGCGAUUACUAUCGUAUACAAGGUCGUGCUGUACUGCCUAUACGCUGGAUGGCCUGGGAGAGCAUCCUGCUGGGUAAGUUCACAACAGCCAGCGACGUUUGGGCAUUCGGGGUAACUCUUUGGGAGAUCUUCACUCUCUGUAAGGAGCAGCCCUACAGUCUUCUGUCUGAUGAGCAGGUCAUUGAAAACACAGGAGAGUUCUUCCGAAACCAGGGAAGACAGAUUUGUCUCUCCGCGCCUCCGCUCUGUCCAUCAUUUCUGUUUGAGGUCAUGAUGCGUUGCUGGAGUCGAGACAUUGCCGACCGACCCUCCUUUCAAAGUUUGUACCAGACCCUGCGAACUUUUGCUCCCCCCUUAUGACUGACACCUGCUCUACACAAUCAACCUGGGGGUAAGCUGACGAUACGUCAGGAAUGGAUGCUCUUCCUGCAGACGGUCAGUGAAGUAGAGCGGGAACAUUAUAGCCACAAUGUAGCAUCAUCGGAGCGUUAGGUAUCCAGUGGAGAUCUGGAAAUUUACACUUCAUGAAAGGCAUUCACAUCUCCAUUGGGACUCAAAGAGCUUUUCCAAUCCAUAGACACUUGAGAUGUUUUUUUUUUACUUUUUAUUCUUGUCCAAUCCUUUUCUUCUUUUGAUCAUAAAUGUUCUCUUUGUUGUUGUUUUUUAUUUUACAAAAGAACAGUGACUCUUUAGCCUACUUUAUAAUCGAGGCAUAUAAAAGCAACUGGAUGAAUGUUGUGUUUGUCAGAACUGUGGUUGUGUAUUGUUAAGCACUGCUGUCUGCUGUCGUUUUCUAAUUUUUUUUUCGUUUUUGUCUUGUUUUUGUUCGUUAUUUACCCCCACACUGGAGAUAUUAUGUCUUAUUGUUCUGAGUAUGUGGAUAGUAUGAUAAGAAGUGUUGUUUUGCUUUCUGAAUAUGAAUGCUUCUACAGGUUCUUCGGAUAUAGCCGGGUUAGAGACUUUCCCUGCCUGGGUCUAGCAGAACUACUGUAAUAGUUACAUUAAAAACCCUUUCAAAGGAGAAAGGAGAGGGUUCUAGAGUCAACGGUGGACUGAUGUGCAGUUGAAUGCACUGUUUCCUAUUUCCCAAUUUAUAAUAAGCCAAUGUCCCGGGUUCAAUGCAUGUUCAAUGUGUGGUAUAAUAUAGAAAAUAAAUUGGAUUUAUCUCAAUGGAAUUAUGUGGAUUAGUGGUGGGUAGUAUGUUAAAAAACCAAGCUGAAAAUAAAUAAAUCGUUAAUUAAAUGACAAAGGCAUAACAUAAUUGCUUAAAAUUAAGUUAAAGGUGUAGUUCACCCAAAAAUGAAAAUUCUGUCAUACUUUACUCACCCUCAGAUUGUUCCAAACCUGUAUAAAUGUCUUUGUUCUUCUAAACACCAAGGAAGAUAUUUGUAAUUCAAUUUUAUUUAUAUAGCGCUUUUCACAAUGCGCAUUGUUCCAAAGCAGCUUUACAGGAGAAAAUAAAAAAAUAUAUUAAAAAAAUCAUUUCAGAGAUCUGCUCGGUUACUGAAUAUCUUACAAAUAUCUUCCUUUAGCAGAACAAAGAAAUGUAUACAGGUUUGGAACAAUCUGAGGGUGAGCAAAUGUAAAGAAUUUUUGGGUGAACUAUUGCUUUAACAUGAAAACAAAAAAAGCAACAACUAAAAAGAUAUGAACAUUUUAACAUUAUUUACAAAAAUACAAAAGUUACUGUUACACUGUUUAUUUGUGCCUUUUUUAAAGGGACUUUAUGGUUAACAUUGUGCCACAGUGUCUGUAGAGUUUGACUUGUAUUGAACCCUGAAAGUACAUUGAAAGAGAUCCAGUUAUAUUUUUGAUCUCUAUAGAAGGCACAUGAAUUUGGGGAUGAUGUCUGCAAAAUUAAAAUUACUCUAAGCACAUUUUCUCUAUAUUUUUACCCACUUUUAUGUUGUAUAAAACUUGUAUGUCUUGUAACAAAUGUUUGUGAAAGAGUGUUGCACCAAGAAAUCGCUCUUAUUUGACGUCUUGUCAAGUCUUAAAAUGGUUUGAUGGACUAAUGUAUAACUAUAAUCUAAUAUUUCUUACAAGCAUUCCUUUCCGUAGAUUGUUUACCGUAUUUUAGAAAUGGUCUUAAAUGUUUUAUUAUUUGGCUGUUGAAAGGUUCAUUGCUGGAUGUCUGAUGAAUAGGUUCAUUAAGGCCAACCACUAAAACUCUUAAGUCUCCCAGAAACCUUUGCUGCAGUGAGCCUAAGGCAAUUUCUGUUAAGACUGAUCAGAGUUUGCUUUUCACACAUAUACAGAGACCAAGAAUGCAUGAACGCGUGAAUGAACAAUACCGUGCGUGGUUUCAUGAGUGUUUUUAUAAGUUAGCAUUCUGUUACAAUCCUUUAAACCUUAUAUCUAUCCGUGUGUCCUUUAUGUACGUUGCAUAAACAGAGUAGAUACUGUAUAGUAAUAUAUUGGGGACUGAGAAAGACUUGUUCACUUUGAGCUUGCGUUGUCAUUCUUGUUUUCCAUAUUAAAAUUGAUUUUGACGUAA